AUGAGUUUAAAUAAUAAUAAUAUAGUAGAUUUAAUAAAAAAAAAAAAGGAAAUAAUAAAAGAGAAAAGAAAAGAAAGUAGGUCUCAAAAUUCUAUAUCAACAAAGAUAAAUAAUAAUGAAAAUAAAAAUGAAUUGAGUAAAAAUACACUAAUUAAUAAUUUUGUAACAUCUCAAAAAUUAAUAAAAGAUUUACAAAAAAGAGAUAACAUAUCUUUAGAUACAUCUUUAUAUUUAUUUAAUGUUGAAGUUGAAAAGAUUCAAAAAAUUACAAAAUGUGAUAAAUGGAAAAAUGUUCCAUAUAUUUACCAAAAAUCAGCAACUGAAAUAUUAUUACGAAAAAAUGAAUAUAUAACUGAGUUUAAUAAAAAAUAUAAAAAAAAUAUGAAUAAAAAAAUUGGUCAAAAUAAUAUAGUUACAAAAAGAUAUAGUAGUAAUGUAAGUACCCACAGAAAUUGUAAUAAACAAGCUUCAAUUCGAUCUCAAACAGUGAACCAAUAUGUCCUUAAAAAAUUGGAAAAUGCUAAUAAAAAAGCUAUAGCCAAUAUAAGAGAAAAUUCCCACUCAAAAAAAAUCAAUAACAAUGAAAACGGUCUUAAAAAUGGUACACACUUAAGAAAUUGUGGCAAUGUUGGAAAUUAUGGCAACUUUGAAAAUGAAGCGCAAGAUGAGCGUGCAAAUAGUCAUGAAAAUGUGAAUAAAAGUAAUUGUUUUUUUCGGUGUGAUGGAAUCUAUUCUACAUCUACAAAUUUGGUGGACACAGAAAAAGACGAAAAUUCAAAUUUUGUAAAAGAAAAUAAAUUUAAAAAUAUAAAGAAUUAUAAUGGAAUGUUUUAUGAGAAUAUAAAUUCAAAUGGGUUGAAAAAAAACGAUUAUUAUUAUUAUGAUAAUAGUGGUAACAGAACUAACAGUAGGAAUAGAAUUUAUUCCAAUUCACGUCCUAAAAAUAUUUCAUCUUUUAGUUCUAAUUCUGAAAAAGAAAAGUUUGAGAAAGAAAAGUUUGAGAAAGAAAAAUUUGAGAAAGACAUAAAAUCGAAUCAAGAUACAAAUAAGCGAAACUCUAUUUGGUGUUCAUAUGGAUCUAACAAUUUAAAUAAUUUAAAAAAAAACGAUAACAUAUCAAAUGUUGAAAAUGAUGACAUAUCAAAUGGUGAAAAUGAUGACAUAUCAAAUGGUGAAAAUGAUAUAAAUAAAAAAUGUUUAGGAAAAUAUUUUUGUUACAAUAAUGAAAAUCAAGAUAGUGACAUUCCAGAACCAUUUAGUCACGAAAAUGAUCUUGUGAAAAAAAAAUGGUCAGAAAUGAAAUGUUCACAUUUUAGCAUAAAUAAUUCAAAUUUAAAUUCGAACGAUAUUAACGAUAUUAACGAAAUAAAAUCGAAUAAGCAAACAAAAAAAAUUAUUCCAAAUUUUGAGCGACACACUGUUUCAUCUUUUAUAAAAAAUUUAAGUGUACAAAAAGAAAUUUUAGAAAAAAAACAAAAAAAACAGGUUCGAGAAAAAUUGAAAAGAAUGCCUACUAAACAAAUUGUCGAAACUUCCAAAAGAACAUAUUCUUUAUAUGAUAAGGCAACACAAAACAAUUUAAAAAAUCUUGUAAAAUCUCAAAAAAAAAGCGAUAAAAAUGAGCAAAAUAACGAAAAAAUAUGUGGAAAAAAUAAACAAAAUUACGACAAAAUAUGUGGAAAAAACAAACAGAAUGAUGACAAAAUAUGUGGAAAAAAUAAACAGAAUGACGAUCUAAUAAAUGAUAGCAGUUUCGAGGAAAUAUGGAAUACAGUUUUAAAAAAGCAAGAUACAUUAUAUAGUGUUAAAAAUACAUCUCCUAAUAAUAAAUAUGAUUUGUAUCAUAUAGUCCCAUUUAAUGAUAAUUAUUCCUGGGUCAGAAAUUUAAGAAAUUAUAGUUCGCCUGCUAAGUUUAAUAGUUGUUCUGUUAAUUCGAAUUUGAAAGAAAAUUGUAAAAAAGUUUCUGAAAAACAAAAAGAAGAGAGAAAAAUUGGGUCCAAUCUAAAAGUUAAUAAUAUUAACAAGUCACAAUUUUAUGAAAAAAAUAAAAUAAAGCAAAAACUAGAAAAAAAAAAUGAUCAAAAUAAGUUGGAAGUAGAAAAAAAAAAUGAUCAAAAUAAGUUGGAAGUAGAAAAAAAAAAUGAUCAAAAUAAGUUGGAAGUAGAAAGGAAAGAUGAACCAAAAUAUUUACCAAAUUGUAAAGACAACACUAUAGAUGUAAAUAAUAAUCUUAAAAUUAAAGAAAAUAGUUGUUUUUAUAAUAAUUAUGUUUUUUGCAAUAAUAAACAAGAAACUGAAAAUAGUGAUAUGGGAAAAGAUGAUGAUAGUGAAGAGAAUAAAAAUAAUAUUAAAGAAUAUAUAAACAUACUUGAAAAUGUUAAAAAUAAUUUAAAAGAAGAAGAUAAAAAUCCGUUAGAAAAAUUUAAUGAAAGAAAAAGUAAUAAUAAUUUUGAAAUAUAUGAAUAUGUGAAAAAUAAUGAAAAUUAUAAAAAAAAUAAUAAAAUUUUUGAAAUUUUAGUAAACCCUCAAAAUAAUAUCAAUAAUAAAAACGAAAACACAAAUAAAAAUAAAAUUAUUACAUCUAAAUAUUCUCUUAAAAAUAAUAAUCAAAAUGUAAUUUCAAAUUCUAAAAAGUCAAUAAGUAAUGUGUCUAACAAUUUAUUUGGAUAUAAACAAUAUUUUAAACAUGAUGCAAAUACAAAUAAGUUAUGUGAAAAAAAAAAAAAUAAUAAAUGCUUUAUACCAUUUUCUCAGAUUCCCUCUCCUUUUAAUGAUCAAAAAUCUAUGAUUCUUCAAAAAAAUAAUAUAGAAACAGAUGCACCGAAUCAAAGCAAAUUUAUGUGUAAUUCUUGUCAUACAAAUUCUAAUAUAAAAAAUGUUGAACAUUUAAAUAAUUAUGAAAAAAAGAAAGAUGAAAUUAUAUAUAAUAAAAGUUUGGCUAGUUCAAAAGAAUUAAAUACACAAAAGAGUAUUAUAUCUAAUCCUUCAAUAAAUUCUAAAAAAUAUAAUGAUAAAUUUAUAUUUUUUGAAAAGAACAUAAAUUUAUUAGAAAAAGAGACCAAUAUUAAUAAUAAAAUAGAUAAUACUGAUUCUACGAAUAAUAUAGAUGUAGAAUCUGAUCAAAAUUAUUCAUGCUAUAAAACAUUAUGUGUAUAUAAUAAAUUUCUGAACAAACAUAAUGAAUAUGAUUCCGUUAAUACAUUAGAAGAAGCCAAAAAAAUAGAAAAAAAUAUUUUAGAAAAACAAAAAUCAGAGCAUUUCUGUCUUAAUCAUGGAAUGAGAAUAGUAACAAAAGAUUCAGAAAAAGAUAUUUUGAAUAAUAAAAUAAAUGAAAAUCUUGGUCAAUCUAUGAUAGAUGCUAAUGUAAAUUCGAUAAAAAAAAUAAACUCGACAAAGUUAAGCUCGGCGAAUAGUAUUAAUGUGGCAGAUGCGCAAAGUGGUGUAAGCUGUUUUAACAUUGGAUGCUCAUAUAAUUCAGUUGAUAAAUCAAAUAACGAGUUUAAAAUUAAAAAAGAAAUAGCUGAACCCAUGGAAAAUUAUAGAAUCAAUGUAGAUGCAAAAAUUGAAUCUGAUAAUGCUGGAUGCUAUUUUAAUUUGUGUAAAAACAAAGAAGUGAAUUCUCAAGAAUAUUUUACCGGAUCUAUUGAUUCAAAAAAUUUAAACACUGGAAAUGUUGAGAAAAGAAGAACUACUUCUAUACUUGAUAAUAAUGAUAAAAUAUUCGAAUUUGAAAGUAGAAGCAUUUCAAAUAACAGGAAGCAAACACAUUUCCAAGAUUCAAAUGAUGAAGAUAUGAAUUUAUUAAAAAGAAAAGAAACAUAUAACAAUGUAGAGACAGUAGUAGAACGAAAAAAAACAUACAAUUUAGAUUUUACAGAUAAUAAAAAUGAAAAUAAUUUAAAAGAAAAAAUUAACCAAGAAUAUGGAUACAUAAAUAAAUCUUCUUAUUCUAAUAAUUAUGAAAUGAUAGGAAUGAAAAAAAGUAUUAUGAAUACUAAACGAGCAACUACAUAUAGUUAUCCUAAAUUAGAUGUAAAUUCAAUAAAUGAAAAAAUGGAUGUAAAUAAUAAAUUAAAAAAUGAAGGAAUAAAUAACAAAUUAAAAAAUGAAGGAAUUAGUAGUAAUACAUUUGAUAAUUAUGUUUUUAUAAAAAAUAAAAUUGCUAUACCAAAAUUAAAAUUAGAUCAAUUAAAACAUAAAAAUAAUCAUCAUUUUGAUAUUUUAAGUUCUGAAAUAAAAAAUCCUGCACAUUUUUCAGUAUUACAAUGUAAUAAGGUACAUCUAUUUCCUUUUAUUCCUUUAAAUGAUAAGAAUGUUAUUUUUUCUAAUAAUAAACAACCAGAUUUAUUGAAAAUAGAAAGUAAUUAUUUAUCUACUUUAAAUAUUAAUAAAAUAAAUCCUAAUAAUAAAUUUAAUAAUAAUGAAAUUAGUGAAAUAAUUGUCAAAAAUAAUAAUAUUUUAUCUUUUGCUCCUAAAAAUGUAAAUAAAACAUCAACACGUUCAAGAUCUCACACAUUUAAUUUAAAUUAUAAAAAAAAUAAUAUAACUAAUACAAGAUUAUCAAAUAAUAUAAUUACAAAUUUAAAUAACGAAAAAUAUGAUAAUAUUUCUAAUCCAGUUUGUUCAGAAUCAUUUGUAAGUAAUGUCUUUCCUAUCUUCAGAAAAAAUAGAAGUAAAUCUAAUUCAAAACAUUAUAAUAAAUUAAAAUUACAUGAAUAUCAAUCUAAAAUCAUAUUUCCAGAUUUAAAAAAUAAUAAAAAUGUAUUUCCCAAUUGUUCUGAUGAGAAUGCCAAUUCUGAAUCGGCUAAUUUGAAAGUGAAUGACUCUGUUAAUUUGAAAGUGAAUGACUCUGUUAAUUUGAAAGUGAAUGACUCUGUUAAUUUGAAAGUGAAUGACUCUGUUAAUUUGAAAGUGAAUGAUUCUGUUAAUUGCUUGAACCCGUGCAUCUGCCAAAAUGUAACCAAAACCGAAUUGACAAAUGAGAAUCAUUUAGAUGCAGUACAUAAUAAAAACAGUAAUGAUAAUCUAAACAAAGAUAUAGAAUACAUAAAAAUAGAAUCACAAAAUGUUAUAGAUAAUUCUCAAUUUAACAACCAAAAUAAAAGUUUUGAAGAAAUAAAUAAUAACACAUCAAAAAAACAAUCAUAUAAAGAUAUCAUUUUGAAUUUUUUUGGAAUAAAAAAAAAAUACAAUGAAAAGAAAGAUGAUACUUCUAAUCAUUUUCAAAACAAAAUCAAAGAGAACAAUGGAAAUAUGAAUGUCCCAAAAAUGUGUAAUACCAAAAGUUUAGGAAUAGAAAACACAUUUCAUGGGUACAGUAAAAAUGGUCAAAAUGGUCAAAAUGGUCAAAAUGGUCAAAAUGGUCAAAAUAGUAAAAAUGGUCAAAAUGGUCAAAAUACCAAUUUUGAACUUUUUACUAGCAAAUAUCUGGAAAGUAAUAAUAUAAAAAACCAUGCGAUAAAUAAAAAUUCAAUUAAUUUAAUGGAAAAAAAACCAAGUAUCAUAAAUAAGCAAAAUGUAAGCAAAGCUGAAAUUAGAACCACAUCUUCAAUUCGUAGCAAUAACAACAUAAACAAUGAUAAUGAUAAUAAAAUAAAUUCUACUUUGGGCUUUUCAAAUUAUACAAAUAAUAAUUAUAUGAAUACAAAUGUGAAUUCAAAAGCAUUUAGUUUAUCCUUUAUGGAAUUAAAAAAUAAAAAAACAUCAUCUCCAUGCAUAUCAAUGAAUAAAGCCAAUUCAAAUUCAAUGCAUAAUCAAAAAUUGGGAUGUAACAAAUUGAAUACUGAAAUAGAUAUUAUAAAAAAAAAUCAAAAUAAUAAAAUUGAUUUAAAAGUUAGAAAUAGUAAUAUUAUUUUUAAUAGCCCAAAACUUUCUUCUGAUUUACCAAUUCAUUCUAGUUUUAAUUUUUCAGAAAAAAUAAAAAUGUCUACAAUUGAAUAUAGUAACCCAAAUUUAAAUAAAUUUAUUUGCAAUAAAAAUACACAUUAUUUUAAUACUUAUAAUAAUUCCUUAAUGGAAACAGAAAUUAUAAAAAAAGAUAAUUCUAACUCAACAUGUAUUAAAGAACCUCUACUCAAUGAAUUAGCAUUUAAGGAUAUACUCACUAUAGAAAACAGUUGUAAAAAUAAACUAGAAUCUAUUCCAAAUAAACCUGCAUCUAUUCAAAAUAAGUCAGUACCUAUUCAAUAUAAACCUGCACCUAUUCAAUAUAAGCCUGCAUCUAUUCAAAACAAACCUACAUUUAUUCCAAAUAAAUCUACAUUUAUUCCAAAUAAACCUGCAUCUAUUCCAAAUAUAGGUAUACACAAUUUGUUUGGAAAUAGAAUCACAGAAUCAAAUUUAAUAGAUUCCCCAAAUAACAAUAUAGAUGCAAAGUUUAAUAUUAUAGAAAAUAAAACCAUGAAUAAUGAAUCUUUAGAAAUAAACAAAAAAAAUAUAGAUAUAACUUUUAAUUUUAAGGAAGACACAAAUAACAAAUGUUAUAACACUUAUCAUCAAAAAAAUCUUCAAAUAGUUCCAUUUGAUAAUUCUGAUAAAAAAAUAAUUAUAAAAGAAUUAGAAUCCGAAAAUAAACAAGUCCUUAAUAAAAAUUAUACGAAUCUAUUUAUAUCUAAGAGUACAAUAGACAUUUUAAAUAAAAAAGUUAAUAAUGUUAUUUAUAAUCCUCAUUCUAUAAAUAUUCAAUUCAAUCAAUACGAUAAUAUAGAUAAACGAAAUACCGAUUCUAACAAUGUUAUAAUUAAAUCAAAUAUUUCUAUGGAUUCUAAAAAUUCAACAACAGCUACAUUACAACAACAUGUUCAUUUAUCUAGCGUAAAUCAAGGUCAUCCACAUAAUCUGAAUAAUAUUCAAGAACACGAAAUUUCAAAAAAAAAUGAAUCCCUCCAAACUGCUCUCGCUCUCUCUGGCCCAAACAAGGUCCUGCACGGGGGGGAACCAGAAAAGGAGGCAGAUGCAGAUGCAGAAGUUGGGGAAGUUGUAGAUGCAGAAAAUGAAGAAGGAGAAGAGGAGGAUGCAGAAGUUGAAGAAGUUGAGGAAGAUGAGGAAGGUGUAGAGGAGGAAGAAGUUGAGGAAGAUGCAGAUGCAGAAGAUGAAGAUGAAGGAGAGGAAGGAGAAGAAGAGGAAGGAGAGGAAGAGGAAGAGGAAGAUGAAGAAGGAGAGGAGGAAGAGGAUGACGGCGAGGAAGAUGGUGAUGAAGAUGAUGAGGAGGAAGAGGAUGAUGGCGAUUACGAAGAAGGAGAAAAUGAUGAAGAGGAGGAUGGUGAAGAUUAUGAGGAGGAGGAUGGAGAAAAUGAUGAAGAGGAGGAUGGAGAAAAUGAUGAAGAGGAGGAUGGUGAAGAUUAUGAGGAGGAGGAAGAAGAUGGUGAUGAAGAUUACGAAGGAGACGAGGAGGAAGAGGAAGAUGAUGUGGAAGAUGUUGAGGAAGAUUGUGAUGAAGAUGAUGAGGAAGAUUGUGAUGAAGAUGGUGAGGAAGAUUGUGAUGAAGAUGAUGAGGAAGAUUGUGAUGAAGAUUGUGAUGAAGAUGGUGAUGAAGGAGAGGAGGACGAAUAUAGCCACGAAGUGAAAUACCCUCAAAAGUAUAUGGGCAAGUUGGGAUCUUUUAAUAAUUUUAACAUUAAAAAUGAUAAAUACACAAAAUUAGAACCAUCAAAUGAAAUAUUUGUUUUACCGUCACAUAAUUUAAGCAGCAUUCCGAAAAAGAAUAUAUUAAGUGUAUAUCCAUCAAGCACUUCUUCAAGUUUUAAUAUAGGUUUUUCUGAAAAAAAAAAAAAAAUCAAUAGUACACUGAUAGAAAAGGGUAUAAAUAGUAGCGAAGAAAGGAAUGAAGAAUUAUGUAGAAAUCGUGAAAAUAUGUUUGAACCAGAUAAAAAAAUACCAUUGGCUAUCUUAAGAAGCGACAGAGACUCAACAUUUAAUAACGAUCAUAAUAACGAUCAUAAUAAUAAUUCGUGUAAUUCGCAUAAUUCGUAUAACUUUUUUAAUGAGAUUUCAAAACAAGUGGAAUGUGAAAAAAAAAAUAAUGAGCAACUAAAAAAAAAACUAAAAGAACAGAUAUAUAUCCAAAGAAAUUUAUCAAAACUUAGAGACCAACAAUAUGCACAUCUUCAAUCUCUUAAACAUAAAGAUGUGUAUAAUAUGAAUGGAAAUAUAUAUUCCUAA